GUCAGCGACCGCUAAAAGACAGUCGGUCCAUUUUUUCUGGAGAGAUGUAGGCGUAGAGACAGGCAGGAGCAUGAGGCUUUUUACUUCAGCGAUAUCCCUCUUCGCGAAUACAGUGUGGUUGGUUUUUUAUUGUUUAUCGACAGGAUGUGCGGGCAGUGAAGAGGAACCGUCUUCUGCAGCUCAGACUAAAACUGACACCGGUGCCAACAAAUACAGUAACAGUGAACCCGCUCGACAAUCAGGCCCCUCCAUGGCGCCAACACUGACUCCUCCAGCAUCCAACGCGAACAGCGCAUUUGCCACGCUGACACCAAACCCAUGUAGCUGGGCAGUAGAUUAUCGCAUACUUAUCCCGGUUGCCACCGGCUCGGUGAUCUUGUCUAUACUGGGCAGCGUAUUCAUCAUCAGGUGUGCCGAUUGCCGUAAACGUCACCGGGAACAACGUGAAAGGCAAAAAUCGUUGAACAGGAUGCAGCGGGAGACUGAGUUAGAGACUUGGCGGGUGACCGAGCAGGGGAGAGAGCAGGAGAGGUAUAAUUUAAGUGGACCGAAACGUCGAAGUAAAAAGCGUCGUGCUCACCAUAGCGUGCGUACUCCUCAAAGAGACCAAGGGGACAUUUUUAAAGAGCAGGAAGAAGAAGAGACAGCUUUUACUGAAACGAGCCUUUUGGAUGAUUUCGAAUCAAAUUCCUAUGAUGACACAGCGGCUUGCCCGUACUCUUACGUUACAAACCAAGACCGAUUUUGCGAAGAAUUUACCGUGCAUAACGAGAAGACGGGAGAAGAUUAUGGAAAUCCGAACAAAGCUGAUCAGUGUAUCACUUUGGACGAAAUCUCUCAUGUUUAUUUAACUUUCAGAACCGUGAAACGAAAAUCUUUGAUGCCAGGUACAGAAAAAGAAAAUACAAGCCUGAAUGUCAUGGAACGUCCACGUGAAACUAGUCGUGUAUCAUUUAACCUGAUGCCGAUGGCCAACGCAAGGGAAGGGACGUGUCCGCUGCAAAGUACCAACGGGCUGACGGCGCUUCUGAAGCCAGAUUGUCACUGUAGUAGGAAGUUAACAGCAAGCAUGGUGAGCUCACAGUCGUCGAAGCGCACUGGUGAAAUAGAGGAGUUUAUUCUCGUGCAGCAGGAAUCCAGUGGACAACACCCAAAAAAGACACAGGAGAAACCCGCCAUUGCUCCCAAGCCGCGACAAAACGGAACCACUGUGGUACCCGCAAUCCGAGGCCAAUUUGACGACGGUGAACGUGACGACGAAAUUUACCAGAAUAUCUAUUCACCAACCGUUCGGGCAGCCACAUUACCUCCACGCCCGGCUCCAAGGCGUUCAUUAGGGAAGAAGCGACUUACCGCACCUAGGAAUAAGAGGCGAAAAAGCCGGGACCUCCUUUCCAACGCGGUCCACCCGGAUCCACCCAGCAUGAACAAGGAAGGGUACCAGCUUCUCCGAGACCCUCCGCCCAAACGGCCACAAUAUCGCUCCUACGCCGCACUCACUCUUAAUGAGGAAACAGUACCCAAAACCGUUGAAGAGACGGAGGUGUAUCAAAAGAGGAACAUUUACGUCAAAAAUACGAGAGGUGAACGUAAAUGACAAUUUUUUCUAGUUAUAAAAUGCUUAAGAUAAUUUUUGUGUAAGUCUUGGCUUUGAAAUAAGAUUUUCCCCAUCAAAUAUAUUUUAGAGCAAAUGACCGGCUCCAUGGGUAGGGGGAUGGGAAUUCCUUUGCUUUUCUGUCUCAGAUUUAAAAGUACUAAUGGGCGGAUUACCUCAUUGAUAUGACAAAUGGAAAAUACUGCACAUAAUAAUAACUAUAAACAUUUUAUUUAAUAAAUUGAUCUGACUUAAAACAGACGAUAUAUUUUCAGUGUACAUAAAUUGUGUGUUUUAAGGGCUUAAAAGUUUAUUUUAUGCUUGUUUAUUUUUGAGAUCUAUGAUAUAUAGUAUAUUGGAAUAGUGUAUAUCAUU